UAAUGGCCUCAACAUCCCACGAGCCUCACAUCUCGCAAAAUUCCCAAGCUUUCUCUCUUUCCAUUAUCCUUGUCUCUGUGAACUCCACUCUUCAAUUAUUUCUCUCUCAAUCCAAUUUCUCUUUUAAAAUUUUCCUCCAAGGCUUUGCUUUUCAUUCGUUUCACUUUGAUCUUUGAUUGUUUCUUCCUUUGCCCAAAAGCAAAUUCAUGGCUCUCGAAACUUGGCUGAUAAAAGUGAAAAAAACGAUAUCCAACAGCCUGGAUACUGCAAGAUCUUCAAUACCCAACUCAAAAGCUUCAAAGCAUAAAGCCAACGUUGGAGUUUUAUCCUUUGAAAUCGCUGGCCUUAUGUCGAAGCUUCUCCAUCUUUGGAAUUCUCUUUCAGACAAGAGCAUAAUUCGUCUUCGUGAUGAAUCGAUAUCUCUUGAAGGAGUCCGCAAAAUUGUUUCGAACGAUGAGUCUUUCCUGUUGGGGCUGGCCUAUGCAGAAAUGGCUGAAAACGUCAGGCUGGUAGCGAAAUCUAUUUCCAGGAUAAGCAAGCGAUGCCAGGAUUCGAAUCUUCAAUGUUUUGAUCGGUGGUUUGAUGAGUUUGCCAACUCGGGCCACGAUAGUCAUGGCUGGGUUUUGAGUUCCAAAGAUGUGGAAGCUAAAAACAAGAAGAUGGACAGGUACGUGACCAUUACGGCGACUUUGUAUAAAGAAAUGGAGGAGUUAGCGACAAUUGAGAACAGUUUGAGAAAGUCCUUUCAGUGUAAAGAGUACGAGUCUUCAAUCAAAGAGCAAAAGAUUAUUGAUCUACAGCAAAAGCUUUUCUGGCAAAGACAAGAGGUUAAGUAUUUAAAAGAGAGAUCUUUAUGGAACAGAAGCUUUGACAUGGUUGUUUCCAUGCUUGUGAGAUCCAUUUUCACUAUUUUGGGAAGGAUCAAGCUUGUUUUCGGGAUUGGCCAUGGCUAUCCACCUUCUUUACCUCGAUGCCUGUCAGCUUCUGCAACAGUCCAUCCAACUGAAAACCCUAACGCUUAUAAUUUUGUAUCAGGGCCAUUGAAGAGUUCUAAACCUGAAGAAAAGAAAGACUUGGCUGUCAGGUUUUUCGAGUCGAACUCAAAGCUGCUGAAGCCUCCACCAAGUACGUUAGGUGCUGCAGCUUUAGCUUUACACUAUGCGAAUUUAAUUAUCAUUAUGGAGAAAAUGAUCAAGUCACCACAAUUGGUUGGCGUUGAUGCAAGAGAUGAUCUUUAUUCCAUGCUUCCAAGCAGUAUAAGAUCGUCUCUAAGGGCAAGACUAAAAGGAGUAGGAUUCUCAGCGAGUGAUCCAGUGCUUGCCGGAGAAUGGAGAACAGCUUUGGGAAGGAUCUUGGCUUGGUUAUCACCGUUGGCACACAACAUGAUCAAAUGGCAAAGUGAAAGGAGCUUUGAGCAGCAGAAUUUGCUGCCUAAAACAAAUGUUCUUCUUCUGCAAACUCUAUUCUUUGCAAAUAAAGAGAAGACAGAAGCAGCCAUUACCGAGCUGCUGGUAGGUUUGAAUUACAUUUGGAGAUUCGAAAGGGAAAUGACUGCAAAGGCCUUGUUCGAGAGCAGCAACUUUAGUGGGUUGCUGAAUUUGCAAAGUUCCAGCUGAGGAGAGAGAUGGGCUUGAUUUCUUGUUUCUUCCUUUUUGGGCUUGUAAUUUUGUUUUUCUGCAAUUUUAAGUUAUCAUGGUUUCUUUUA